CUUUCUUUUACGACCACAUGAAACUUGAGAAGCCACCUAAAGCUAUAUCACUUAGUGGAGUUGGGCAGUUCCCAGGUGUCCAACAAGAAGGCCUGGUUUAGGCUGCGAUGGCCACUGUCAUUCCUGGUGAUUUGUCAGAAGUAAGAGAUACCCAGAAAGCCCCUUCAGGGAAACGUAAGCGUGGUGAAACCAAACCAAGAAAAAACUUCCCUUGCCAACUGUGUGACAAGGCCUUUAACAGUGUUGAGAAAUUAAAGGUUCACUCCUACUCUCACACAGGAGAGAGGCCCUACAAGUGCACACAACAAGACUGCACCAAGGCCUUUGUUUCUAAGUACAAAUUACAAAGGCACAUGGCUACUCACUCUCCUGAGAAAACCCACAAGUGUAAUUAUUGUGAGAAAAUGUUUCACCGGAAAGACCAUCUGAAGAAUCACCUCCAUACCCAUGACCCCAACAAAGAGACCUUUAAAUGCGAAGAGUGUGGCAAGAGCUACAACACCAAGCUUGGGUUUAAGCGACAUUUGGCCUUGCACGCUGCAACCAGUGGCGACCUCACCUGCAAGGUGUGUUUGCAGACUUUCGAAAGCACAGGUGUGCUCCUGGAGCACCUGAAAUCUCAUGCAGGCAAGUCGUCCGGGGGUGUGAAAGAGAAAAGGCACCCGUGCGAGCACUGUGAGCGCAGGUUCUAUACCCGGAAGGAUGUCCGGAGACACAUGGUGGUGCACACGGGAAGAAAGGACUUCCUCUGUCAGUACUGUGCACAGAGAUUUGGACGAAAGGAUCACCUCACUCGACAUAUGAAGAAGAGUCACAAUCAAGAGCUUCUGAAGGUCAAAACUGAACCAGUAGAUUUCCUGGACCCAUUUACCUGCAACAUGUCUGUGCCUAUAAAAGAUGAACUCCUGCCGGUCAUGUCGUUACCUUCCAGUGAACUCUUGUCAAAGCCAUUCACAAACACUCUGCAGUUAAACCUCUACAACACUCCAUUUCAGUCCAUGCAGAGCUCUGGGUCUGCUCACCAAAUGAUAACAACGUUACCUUUGGGGAUGACGUGCCCCAUAGAUAUGGAUGCAGUUCACCCCUCUCACCAUCUUGCUUUCAAAUGCCCGUUCAGUUCUACCUCAUAUGCAAUCUCUAUUCCUGAAAAAGAACAGCCAUUAAAGGGGGAAAUUGAGAGUUACCUGAUGGAAUUACAAGGUGGCGCACCUUCUUCAUCCCAGGAUUCUCAAGCAUCGUCCUCUAAGUUAGGGUUAGAUCCUCAGAGUGGGUCUCCAGAUGAUGGUGCAGGCGACCUUUCCCUGUCCAAGAGCUCCAUUUCUAUCAGUGACCCCCUCAACACACCAGCAUUGGAUUUUUCUCAGUUGUUCAAUUUCAUACCAUUAAAUGGUCCUCCUUAUAAUCCUCUGUCAGUGGGAAGCCUUGGGAUGAGCUAUUCCCAAGAUGAGGCUCACCCUUCUGUUUCUCAGCUGCCCACACAAACCCAGGAUCUUCAGGAUCCUGCGAGUGCUGUGGGUCUUGGUUCUCUGCACUCGCUGUCAGCAGCUUUCACCAGCAGCCUGAGCACAAGCACCACCCUGCCCCGUUUCCACCAGGCAUUUCAGUAGGGUCUGGGUCGAGGCUUUCAUCUGGAGGUGCUUGCAUAGCCCCACCCGCAAUGACCGUUUCUAUUUUAGUGCCUACUUCUAAGACAGCACAAAA